GCCCGUACUCCGUAGUUAAAAAAGUAACGACACUUUUAGAAACCUUUUUCGUAUUUCUAAUUGCAAUUGGUUUUCAAAGUGAUAAAAGAAAAGAAAAGACUACGUCGUCAUCGUCGUGCCAAACCCAACAUAUAUACUACUACUGCACCCUUGCAGCUCUUCAGCUAGCCAACAAGGAACACUCACACACACACACACACACGCAGAGAGAGAGAGAGAGAGAGAGAGAGAGAGAGAGAGAGAGAGAGAGAGAGAGAGAGAGAGAGAGAUGGGGCAGUGUUCGUCCUCCCAGCAACCGGAGGCAGAGAAGAAGGUUCGCCAGCAGCCUGCCGAGGGUGUUGACAGCCAGAAAAGGCAGGAGCAGCAGCGGAAGGCUGCGGCGGCACACAUGAAUCAGCCGUACCACGCAUCUACCCAUGACGAGCUGGUGCUCAUGGUGUCACUGGAUUCAAUCACCAAGAUCAUGUGAAAUUGUCGAACUGCCAAUGCGAGGGCGAGAUCAUCUAUCCGGCACCAAUGGCGAUUGCCACGGUGGACACAUCACCUUGUCUGCUUCUUCUAUAUAAAAGGAGGGUGCUGAGGCCCUUGUUUGUCAUCUCUCUCUAUAUAAAAUUCACUAGUAAAACUAAAAUUUCUAAAUAGUCACUGCUAGCCGCUUUGCAGAAAUUAGUAUGUUCGAGUCACGUAAGCUCUAGUGUACGUCAAGGAAAUGUUUUUCGGACCAUGUAUACAUUGAAAAAUAGUCAUGAAGGCCCUUGUAUCAGUCAGUUAUUAUCGUGGAAUGUUCUGUUUUGGACCCUUUAAUA